AUGAAACUCAUUUUUUUGCCCUCCGUGCUGCUGGUUAUUUCUAAUGUCCAUGCUUUCCUGUAUAAUGAGCUGGUGCAAUACAUUGACAGCCACAAGGAAGAGUAUGUAGAGGUUCUGCGGGACUGGGUGGAGGUGGAGAGCGACUCCAGCGAUGUCUUGAGGAGAUCAGACUUACAUCGGAUGAUGGAGAUAACAGCUCAGAAACUGAGGUCAUUGGGCGGCAACGUGGAGCUGGUGGAUAUUGGGGAACAAGAGCUCCUUGACGGUCAGACUUUGGCCUUACCUAAAGUGGUGACAGCACAGUUUGGCAAUGACCCCGACAAAACCACAGUGUGUAUCUAUGGUCAUGUGGACGUCCAGCCAGCAAAGAUGGAGGAUGGCUGGGACACAGAUCCAUACAACUUGACUGACCUCGGUGGUAAUCUGUAUGGAAGAGGGGCGUCAGACAACAAGGCCCCAGUUUUAGCCUGGAUCCAUGCUGUGGAGGCUUACCAGGCUCUCAGCAUGGAGCUGCCAGUGAAUGUGAAGUUCGUCAUCGAGGGUAUGGAGGAAACCGGUUCCAAUGGCCUCGAUGCCAUGAUACUGGCUCAGCAAGACACCUUCUUCUCAGAUGUGGAUUACAUCAUCAUCUCAGACUGCAGCUGGCUCAGCCGACGGCCCGCCCUUACCUACGGCACCAGGGGCAACACCUACUUCUUUGCAGAGGUUGAAGGACCUAAUAAGGAUUUACACUCUGGAGUGUAUGGAGGCACUGUGAUCGAACCUAUGACUGACCUCAUCGGUAUUCUUGAUACACUGAUCAGUCCCAGUGGUAAGAUCCUGAUCCCUGGGAUCAGGGAGGCUGUGGCCCCCCUGUCUGACGAGGAGUGGAAAAUGUACCAGGACAUUGAGUUUGACAUUGACGACUACAAGAGCAAGAUUGGCGUCAGUCAGCUCAUGUACAACAACAAGGUAGACUUGUUGGCCCACAGAUGGCGCUACCCCACUGUUUCCAUCCAUGGUAUUGAGGGGGCUUUCUCUGCCUCCGGCUCCAAGACUGUCAUCCCUGCUAAGGUCACUGCUAAGUUCUCCAUCAGACAAGUUCCUAAUAUGGACCCUGCUAUGGUCAAGAAACAGGUAACAGACUAUCUUCACUCAGUGUUUGCCAAGAGGAAGAGCCCCAAUAAGCUGAAGGUGACUAUGAUCAUCGGGGCCAAGCCCUGGCUGGCUGACCCUAGCCACCCUCUCUAUGAGGCUGGGAAGGUUGCUGUCAAGAGGGUAUUUGGCGUGGAGCCUGAUCUGAUCCGUGAGGGUGGAACCAUCCCUAUCGCUAGGACCUUCCAAGAUGUCACAGGGAAAAGCAUUAUCAUGCUGCCCAUCGGCGGCUUCGAUGACGGGCUUCACUCCCAGAAUGAGAAAAUAAGCAGGUACAACUACGUCGAGGGAACCAAGCUAUUCGCCACCUACCUAAACGAAGUAGCCCAGAUUAAGAGGAGCAAAGUGUGA